GUUGUUUUUGGGGGGGGGGCGGGGUGUUGUUUGGGGAGUGAGUGCGGUGGGAAGAUGGCGGAUGAUCGGAAGCGGGCGGACAACGCGAAACAUCGGCGGGGGGAGCAGCUUAAGCGAUGGCUGGGUUCCGAGACCGACCUGGAGCCGCCCGUCUUCAAGAAGAAGAAGACCCGAGUCAAGUUCGACGACGGUGCCGUGUUCCUGGCCGCCUGCUCGAGCGGUGAUACCGAGGAGGUGAAGCGGCUGCUGGACCGCGGGGCUGAUAUCAACUACGCCAAUGUGGAUGGGCUGACGGCGCUGCACCAGGCUUGUAUUGAUGAAAACCUUGAAAUGGUGAAGUUUCUCGUGGAGCACAGUGCAGAUACUAAUCAGCCAGAUAAUGAGGGCUGGACCCCACUGCAUGCUGUGGCAUCCUGUGGAUAUAUCAAUAUAGCUGAGUAUUUAAUAAAUAAUGGAGCCAAUGUUGCUGCUGUUAACAGUGAAGGAGAAAUCCCAUCAGAUAUUGCAGAGGAAUCAGCAAUGAAAGACCUUUUACAAGAUGAAAUUAAUAAGCAAGGAAUUGAUGUUGAGGCUGCAAGGAAAGAGGAGGAACACCGAAUGCUCCAGGAUGCCCGACAGUGGGUGAACAGUGGCAGAAUUGAAGAUGUAAGAAACACCAAAUCAGGUGGCACAGCUCUACACGUGGCUGCUGCAAAAGGCUACUUGGAGGUUUUAAAGCUGCUAAUUCAAGCUGGAUACGACGUAAAUGUCAAGGACAAUGAUGGGUGGACACCACUGCAUGCUGCUGCUCACUGGUGCAAAGAAGAAGCCUGUAGAAUUCUUGUGGAGAAUUUUUCUGACAUGGAGGCUGUAAAUAAAGUGGGUCAGACACCUUUUGAUUUAGCAGACGAAAGUAUUAUUGAGCUUUUAGAGGAACUCCAGAAGAAACAAAAUAUUCUUCGUACUGAGAAACGAGCUGUGAGAUCAACACUCAUUGAAUCAACUGUAAAUUGCAAAGUCCAGGCCAAGCACUUGAGUAAAGACACUAUCUUUUCUGAAGUAAAAGAAACAAAGCGUAAAUUGUCUGAUCGAGAAAAACUCAAUGAAGAAAGUAAGAAAGAUGAAUCCAGCAGUUCCAGUUCUGAAGAAGAGGAUGAUGCCUCUGAUUCUGAGUCGGACAUAGACACAGAGAAGUCAAAGCCAUCUAUCAAAAAUAAUAUAAACAGCAAACUGAACAGCCGAAGCUUGCAGCUAGCUCCGACUGCAGGGCACUCCACUCGAUUCACAGCUACCACAACAACAAGAAAGAUUAUUAGCCCUUUUCUCAAAUCUACUGCCAAAGAUGAAGAAGGUAAAGAUGAAUCUCCAGCUUCUUGGAGAUUGGGGUUGAGGAAGACUGGAAGCCAUGAUGCACUGAGUGAAAUUAGUAGCUCCCAAGCACUGAAAGAGAAGGACUCAUUUGGGAUUAUCCGAUCUGCUUCAAGUCCACGCCUUUCAACCAUAUUUGAUAACCGGGAAAAGGAUAAAGAUAAUAAAACUAGGCUUGUGUAUGUUGCACCAACAAUUCCUAACAGAAGACUACAUAGCACAUCUGACAUUGAGGAAAAGGAAAAUAGGGAAUCAGCAGCUAGCCUUAUACGAAGUGGUUCGUAUACAAGACGACAGUGGAAGGAUGACUUCAAAGAUACAAAUCAUGUGGGAAAUGAAAGCAGCAUGUCUGUAAAUGCAUCAACCACAAACACAGUGCCUUUAUAUCAGCGAAGGUCCUAUCUCACUCCUGUCCGAGAUGAAGAAGCAGAAUCCCAGAGAAAAGCUCGAUCCAGGCAGGCCAGGCAAACCAGAAGAUCAACACAGGGUGUAACACUAACAGACCUGCAGGAAGCUGAAAAGACGUUCAGUCGAUCUCGAGCUGAGAGACGAGCUCGGGAACAACAGGAGAAGGACGAGAAGGAAAAGCAAGAUGUGGAAAAGCAAGAUGAGAAAAAAAAGUUUUUAACAACACAGGAUACCGAAGAAUGCAAGCAGAAAUCAAGUCGAAGCCCAGAGAAAGAAUCUGGUGAUCGGCCAUCACGAUAUACGUCACAACCAGAUAGUCCACUUGGACCUCUCGCAUCGCCUUCCACAUCAGGCAGCUUCCAGUAUUCAGGAAUCCAACCAAACAGACUGAAUGGAAUUAUAGAUCAAACAUCUUACAGCUCACACUCAAAGAUUUUUACCAAGGAAAUGGAGAACAAUGGUGACUCUGAGAAAACAGUUGAAGAUGACAAAGAUGUUAAUGACAGGCAACUGUCAAUAAGAGAAAGACGAAGGCCAAGGGAGAAGAGGCGGUCUACUGGAGUGUCGUACUGGACUCAAGAUGGUGAUGAAAAUGAUGGAAAUGAAGAGGAGAAAGGCAUUUGGCAUGAUCGAAUCAGCAGGUUGGAUUCAGGAUCAUCAAAUUCUUCAUCAACUGACAGUUACAGUGACCGCUUAUUAAGUCGAACCAGUUCGUACACGCGUAGGGAGCAUCGACUGUCAUCCCUUAGUAAAGUAGAACAGGAAGACAAUGUAAAGGAUUACAAGAAGUUAUAUGAAGAGGCCUUGACUGAAAAUGAGAAACUUAAAGCCAAACUGCAGGAGGCACAGCUGGAACUUGCUGAAGUAAAAACACAACUGGAGAGAGCUUCACAGAAACAAGAUCGGAUUUCUGAUAAGUCUUCAAUGUUGGAGAUGGAGAAAAGGGAAAAACGUGCUUUGGAAAGGAAGGUUUCUGAAAUGGAGGAAGAGUUGAAGGUUUUAACAGAGCUGAAAUCAGACAACCAAAGGCUGAAAGACGAGAAUGGCGCACUAAUCCGAGUAAUUAGUAAACUGUCAAAAUGAAGGCAGUCUCUCUGAGCAGGAGGCAAAGAAAGCCAGAUCAGCUGAAACAGUCUGCUUGCUCUGUGAAAGAACCAUCACAGUAAAGAAGCAGUUUCCUCAGAAGUGGGGGAAGCUUCUGUUUAUAUCUUACCUGUUUGUGGCUUUCUCCCUGCAUAUGUUAUCUAUAAAUGUUCAUCAAACUAUGAUCUUAUUCACCAACUAUAAGGUCAUUAUUCACGUGUUCGAACAGCCUUGUUUACAAGAAAUGUUAGGGUGAAAGUUCUGAAUUACUUUUUAAAGUUCCAGGUAUCUGUUUGUUAAGGGGAUGUUUGUAGCUUCUUGAAAUCAAGCUGCAAUUUGAAGUCUUUCAAGAAUGGCUUUAAGAAAUGCCUUCCACUAUGACAUCAGCUCAAUCAUGUUAACGGUGCACUUCACUUUAGCUGUGUGUUGGAAAGGAUCUUUGAUUAUGCAGUAUUCGCUUCUUUGCACAGUAAUUAAAAUCACUGCAGAACCAUGGCUUAUUUCUUUUUUAAAAUUAAAAACCAUCAGCUAGACUGUAUGGUACAGUAAGUAUUAAUUAAAGUGCAAUAUGCGGUUUUAUUAUUUUAAUGUGAUACUCAUGAGAUUCACUGCCUUUAUUUCACUUUACUUCUGCCUUCAUUAUUAACAGUGAAUUUUGAUUUUGUUUUGCAAUUUUUGUAACUUGGUUUAUUGACCAAGCUCUAAUAUAGUCCAAAAACUUGGGUUGUGUCUCUGUAGCUGUGUGAUUUUUUUUUCUCUCUGUCAGCAGUCGCCACCUGCAAUUUGCAUCUAAGCGCCAAGUUCAAAACAAAAAGCUGGUUCAUAUUAGAGUUGUGUAGCAAGGCUGGUUCAAACAUGUAUUUUAAUGUACAGCUGCUGGUUUUGCAUUUUGCUCUUGAGACAACCUUUUGUUUUGCUUCACCUAUUUCAAACAAAGCUUUGGGUAAUGCUUGUUUUUUUUUCAUUUGAUCUUGACUUCAUACACCAAUAAGGGGCAUUACAACUUUACCGUAGACUCAAAAAUGUCUUUUCUAUCUUGAUGUUUUCAAUGCAUGAUGAAUAGUAUACUGUAUCCUUAUACACCACUACUACAGGAAUUUAAAACAAAAUAGAACUUUUCUGCAGUGAGCACUCCCUAUAAAUACAAGAAAGUUCAGGGAAGGGAUCCAUCCAAAGACACACAUUGUAUAGACCUUAAUCUAAUGGAAUUCACAGACAAAUGUAGUAAUUUGCAUUGUGUAUUCCAUAGUUAAAAUGUCUCUAUAGACAAUUAUAAUAUGGUACUGAAAUCAAAGUGUGUAUAUUUAUAUAGUGUGUAUGUAUAUAUAAUAUAUUUAUAUAUAAAUGUGUGUGCGCGUGUACAUAUAUUUUCAUUGAUACAGAAAAGGCCAUCGGUUUUGUGUUUUUGUUUACCUUAGUCAAGCCUGCAGCUUACUGAAAGUGCAUUGGCUGUUUUUUAGUUAUAACAAUCCUGUGCAAAAUCGGGCUUGCAGUAGUGUUGCUACUGGAUAAAAUACAAAGGAACUGAUUAUUAAGUCCUUUAUACAAUAUGAAGAUUAUGUACAUAUGAAAUCUCCACAGGAGAGUUCAGACUGCUGGGAAUUUACAUUAUGCAACGGUUGGUGGCCUUUUUAAAAAUUAUGAAUAUGCUAUUAGAUUUAAUUUAGUGUUAUAAAUUGAACAUUUCCAUGUUGGGAAAUGUACAUGUGGGAAAUGUACACAUUAUUUAAAGCUUGUAAGCACAUCCAUAUUUUCGGUUAUGUAGACCACCGAGUUCAGGUUUGAAAUGUACUGCUAUUGUAUGUAAAUCAAAAGGACUAAACAAAUUGUUACCUUUGCAAAUGCUUUUACUAAAUGUGAGUCUUUACUGCUCUGAAUUCGAUGUAUUAACUUCUUGUGGUGCUUUUGGUUCCAAUGUUUGAAAAGCUCUACUUUAGAUGGGAUGCAUUUUCUUAUGCGUUAUGAAGGAGUUUUGUGCAGAUGCGAGGUCAUGACUCUUUCAGAUUGCCAUUUAAAUUUAUAAUUGUCUAAAGAAAAAUAACCCUUGGGCUUCAAGAAUGUACUAAGACUUGAAUUGGUUCAGUUAAAUGUACUUGAGAAUUAAUUGUACCACCAAAUGUAUUAGCAGUGAAUUCACCUUCUGGUAACGUAUUUUCAGGUCAAGAUUAAUGCAGUUUGUAAAAUGGUAAAUCAGACAUUUAACAAAAAAAAAAUUUAAGUAAUAGAAAAUAUUUUUAUCCUUUACAAAUGACAAUGUACAAUUCACAAUUUGACUUUCUAUUACAAGUAAAAUGACUGAAUUAGAAUGAAGUUAAAUACACAUACUCAGACUAGUUGUAGGGGUGUGUUGCAUUGCAACAUGAGCUGGAGAAUGAGUCUGCUGGGGCAGACUGGUUGAUAAUGGAUGGCUUGUAAUAUGGCUGGCUGACUAAAAGGUUCAGAUUCAAUUAAUCAGAUUGAGAGGGAUAAAACUAAAAUUAAAUGAUACCAAGGCCCUUUUAGCUGUGAGGUUAGAGUAUUUGUGGAGGAAAUGGGGGUAUAAAAUGUUUCCCUUAAGAGUUAUUUUCUCAUAGUUUCUUGGCAGUUGUUAGUACACUGCAGCCUAUUCCAGGGUUACUGCUAAUGACACAUAGCUGGACUGCUGGGAUGUCUGAAAAUAACUCGAGUAACUCACAGUGAUUUCUGUCCGUCUAUCACUUAUUCAAUUUUCAUAUAGUUUCUUCCAAAAGCUGUGCUUAAAGAAUCUGUAAAGAUGAUUCUGUAAAUGUUUAAUUAAAAAUAAUGAUGUUUGAGUAAAAGGCAGUGUAUUUAGUUAAUAAAAAAAAGUACACCAGUUUUGCCUCUUGUGAACCAUUUUUUAAAUAAUUUCAAAGGAUGUGUAUGUUACUGACUAAGCCAGCAUUUAUGGCCCCUCUGUAAUUGCCCUUGAGAAUGUGGAGAUGGCCUGACUUCUGAAACCACAGCAGUCCAUGUGAUGUAUGUAUACUCAUUAUGCUGGCUGGGGAAGGUGUUCUAGAUUUUGAACCACUAUCAAUGAAAUAACAGUGAUAUAGCUGGUGUGAAUUUGAAGGGAACCUGGAACUGGGGAUGUUCCCAUAUUCUGCUGUGCUUGUCCUUUUAGGUGGUAGAGGUCAUGGUUUGGAAAGUACUGUACAAUGGAGUCUUCAAGAGUUGUUAAAGUGCAUCUUGUGAAUGGUACACAUUUCUGCUACUGCGUUGGUACUGUAAGAGAAUAAAUGUAGCUGUUGGAUAGAGUGCCACUGCUUCAUCAUGGAUGGUGUUGAACUUUUUGAUUGGCAUUGGAGAUAAGACAGGUGGAACAGGCUCACUCUGACUUGUGCGUUUUAGAUUGUAGACAGGCAUUAGAGAAUUGGAUGAUGAGUUGCUCAGCAGAGUUUCUAGCCUCUUAGCUGCUGUUGUUGCCAUGGUAUUUAUAUUGCAGGUACAGUUCAGUUUCUGGUCAAUGGUCGACCCUAGGAUAAUAGGAAAUUCGGUGAUAUUAAUGUCAAGUGCCACUGUUUGGCUCCUCUCUUGUUGGAGAUAGUCAUUGCCUGGCACUAUGUGGUUCAAAUGUUAGUUGCCACUACCAGCCCAAAUCUGGAUGUUGUCACAGUCUUGCUGCAUACAUAUACUGCUUCAAUAUCUGAGAAGGUUCAAAUAACUCUGAAUAUUGUGCAGUCAUCAGCAAACACCCCAUCUUUGACUUUAUGUAGAUAAAGUCCUUGAAGCAGCUGAAGAUGGCUGGGCCAAAGACAGUACUCUGAGGAAUUCCUGCAGUGAUGUCCUUGGACUGAGGUGUUCAAACUCCAACACCACAACCAUCUUUUGUUGUGUCAGGAAUGACUCUAACCAGUAUAGAAUUUUCCCCUGAUUCCUAUUGACUCCAGCUUUGCAAAGGCUCCUUGAUGCUGGAUUUGCCCAAAUUCUGCCUUGAAUGUUGGAUUGUAACCCUUUCUUCCCUCCUUGUAUUCAACUCUUUUGUCCAUAUUUGGAUCAAGGUUGUAAUGAGUUCAGGAGCUGAGUGAGCCCAGUGUAACCCAAGCUGAGCAUCAAGUGAACUGGUUACCUUUGGGUGAAUGCCACUUGCAUUCACUGUCAACAUCCAUAACUUUAAUCGGUAGGAUGAUAAUUGGUUGGCUUGGAUUUGUUCUGCUUUUUGUGGACAGGACAUAUGUGGACAAUCCUCCACAUUGCUGGGUGUACGCCAGUGUUGUAACAGUACCGGAUCAGCUUGGCAAGGUACAUAGCUAAUUUUGGACCACAUGGUUUCAAUAAUGUUGCCAGAAUGUGUUCCGAGCUGAUAGCCUUUGCAGAAUACGCUCCCUCCAGUCAUUUCUUCAUAUUCUGACUUAAGGAAAAAUUCAGAUGUGAUGUGUUGCACUCACUCUUUAAAAAAAGUUAGUUUGCAUAUUUAUAUUAAUGUAUGUAUUAAAAUAUAUAUAUUAACUGUCUCAAGGGGCUAAGUUAAGGCACAAAUAAAAACAAGGUUUGAUCUCUAGCAACUGACAGCAUAAAUGAUAUGUAAAUAAAUGUCUGUGAGCUGAUAUUGUGGAUGACUGGCUUGAUGCCCAGAUAUACAUAUAUAUGCAGGCAGAAUAUAGUUUCAAAUUGUAAUUUCCACACUUCGUGAUUCCAAGACAUUGGGGUUUGGGUCUGCAGGAUCCUAAAUCACAUAAAUGUUGGUUUAGUUUCCAGUAGAUUGUCUUAUUGAGAGUACUAAUAAAUGGAGCUAUGAAUGCAUUUAGGAUAUGAAAGCCUCAUUCUAAGACCAUGUCAAAAAUGUCACCACUAUAAAUAGCAACAUUGCAAUUUGGUAAGUACAGUUGUUAAGAUUUCUAAUAUCUAUCAUGGGAUGCCUGCAAUUAUUGUUCAUCCCUAACUGCCCUUGAAAAUGUGCUAAUGAGCUGCCUGUUUGAGUGAUUUGCUUGGCCACUUCAGAUGAUCAUUUACGAUUCAAUGGCAUUGCUGUAAGCCUGGAGUAGCUAAUAAGGCAAUCAUUAUAAGCAGGUUUUCCUCCCUAAAAGACAUUAGUGAACCAGUUGGGUUUUUAAUGCCAGUCUGAUAUGAUCAGCAAUGAUAAUCAUUCAACUAAUUUUUUUAAAUUACAAAUAUUUUUAACUGUUCUUCAGUUCCCCAGCGGCCAUGAUGAACUUUGCACUGCUGUCUAGUGACCCAACUUCUUAUACACCUACAUGAACUCCAUGCCAGUUGACCCAUUACUGGCCUAAAACUAAUACAAAUUUUGUUCAGGAAUGGAUGUAAUUUUAAGGUAUAAUUUAAUCAUACAAUCCCAAAACAUACUCACUGAAUUCCUAUUGGCAUCAUUUCUAGGCCCAUUACCAGAUAAAGAAGUGAACUUUUUGUGUGUCUCAGCUGGCCUAUGGCAACUGCUGACAUUAAUAGCACUGUCUAACCCAUUGAUAAUAUAUCUUAAGUCGAAGACUCUCUGUCAAACAAAGAAUUUGAAAUAUGUUGAUUCCUGAAUUGAAUUUUGCUAAUAAACCUAUUGCUGGAAUGGAUAACUUGUCAUUCUGUUAUUUCUUGGCAAGAAUCGUUACAUGCUAAGGAGCGUAGUCUUUGUUUAAAGAAAUUUUGAUGGUUUUUGCCUUUAUCAUCAAUGAUGGUAAUGUUGAAGUGGCUACUGUCAAAAAACAUAAUUCUCAUUAAUUUGUUAAAGAUCUGGGUUUAUCCCUUGAAAGCAUCAAAUCAUUAGGAUAUUAAGAAGACUGCAGGGAAAUUUGUGGUUUGUGUUAAUGCUAUAUUUGUUGAAAUUGACUCAAAAGAGCUUAUGCUAUAACCCGGAAUUAGUAGGCACUGCCAAUAUCUAUAUUUCAGUUUCAAGAGAAAGGAUGUAAUAUUUAAAUGUUAUUCUCAGUAAAUACUUUAAGUGCCCACAAAGCAUUUAUACACAGAGAACAUAAUUUCCCUCCCCACACCAUAUCUUUCAACAAUAAAUGUUGAAUUAAUUUUCCAUCAAACUGAUUAAUCUUUGGUCACUUAAUGAUUUGCUUGAUAUUGGGUUUUCAAGUGGAGAAUUAAAGGAGAAAAGGAAUGCUGGAAGUUGAAAAUAGAAAAUACAUUACUGAAAAUACAUUCUCAAUCAACAUCUAAAAGUGUAAAACUGUUUCAAAGUUUUUCUUUAUCAGAAACCUGAUAGAUGUUUGAUUUUUGACCUGAAUUAAAAAGUGCUGAGGGCUUGCAUUGCACCAGUUGCAUGACCUAAUGGAAAUCUUUUAUCAUACAAUCCAGAUUGUUAGGUGAAAGAAUUUACUCUGAUCUUUUGUGCUGUCAAAAUCAGCAUACCUAUAUGAUGAAGCAAAUUCAUAAUAAAUGUUAAUUACACAUUUGUAUAAAUUAGUGUAAAAUGUCUAGUUUAUCAUUACUUGCAAGUUUAGAAUGUUCUUUUAAACUAUUGACCAACACUUGUUUAUGUCCAUUUUGCAAACAAGUUCAUUGUUUUUCUUUUGUUGGCAUUUUAACAUUCUUUCAAUAGAUGUGAUGAAAACACUUGGAGCUCAUCUUUGGACAUUGGUGCACUGCAGGCUGUUAAGUGUGGUUGACGUCUGUAUGUUUUAAAGAAAUAAUUGUGUGGAGUUAACUUUGGCUGUUCAGACUUUAUGAAGUUUAUUUAUUGAUCUGUGUAUUGAGAUCUCAUCUGCCUACAGAGUUGUUCACAUCUUGUAUCUGCAUGAAACUGGCUUCAAUAAUAUGUCAAAAAUGUAUUUUGUUGAAUAUAAAUAAAUGAAUUUUAAAUAUU